CACAGCCAUGAGGACACUCGCUCUCCUCACCGCCCUUCUCCUGCUGGUCCUCCAGACCCAGGCAGAACCUCUCCUAGCGAGAGGUGAGGAGGCUCCAGACCAAGUGCAUGUGGGAGACGAGGACCAGGAUAUGGCCAUAUCCUUUGGAGGGGAUAAAACCACUGCUCUGCAAGAUGCAGAUGUGAAGUCAGGCUUGACCUGCUACUGCAGAAGAGGGAGCUGUGGGUUUCUAGAACGCCUCUAUGGGGCCUGCAGUUACCGUGGCUACAUCUUCCGGCUCUGCUGUCGCUGAGCACUGAGAACAAGAAUAAGUAGGUUUGUCCUGUGACUUGAGAUC